GUAGGAGCUUCCAAAGUAAUAAAAAGCACAAGACUCAAAUACUCAAUAGCAUCCGCCAUGGACACCGACGACUACGUCCGCCAGCGCAACACAAGCUGCCUGGCUGACCUCGGCCACUCGCUCGUCCGCCUCUCACCCGACAACAUCUCGAAGCUCCUGCUCACAGCCAGCGGACUGCCCGAGAGGCGAAGGGCCGAGGGGGACGCUAUAUGCGCCCGCCUGGCUGAGCUCAACCCCGAUGUCGCCAAGCACUUCCAGUCCAAGCAGACUGCCACAUCGCGGCUCAAGCUGCGCAUGAUCCAGCCUCGGUCUAUACAGGCUCACCCCGCAGCCGUAAAUGAGACCACAAAUGGUGUUCCACAACUUCAAGAGGACCCGGACAGGUCCCGCGAAGUCGACUCCUUCAUCGUAGUCAGCUACUGCUGGCACUAUCCCGACUGGCCCCUCCCCGCGGCGGCCUCGCCCAUCGCGCCGGGCUGGGAGGUGUCGCGGCCCAUGGUCGACGAGGUCAUGCGCCUCGCCCAGGUCUCGGUGCCCGGCGACGGCGGGGGCAGCGUCUGGCUGGACAAGCUGUGCAUCAACCAGGCCGAUGAGGACGACAAGAGCACCCACGUCGGCGCGAUGGACAUGAUCUACCGCUCCGCGAGACGGGUCGUCAUCUUGCUCGAGAACGUGCAGCUCGGUGACGAGGAGGAGAUGGAGGCGGCGCUGGCGUACAGGAAGUUCUACCAGGACAUGUGUGACCACGUCAAGGAGCAUGAUCUCGAGGGGGCGGAGAAGGGGGCAUAUGUCAAGGAGUGCUUCCCGAGGUCCGAGAAGGAGUGGUGCGAGAGGCACAACUCGGCCGCUUCGUCUGGAGGAAGCAAUGAGCCUGCGGGCAAGUUCGAUGUGGCGAAGCUCCGAGCCGCAGCGAAGCGAUUCGUCUCAAGGCUCUUGCAGGCGCGCUGGUUCACGAGGGCCUGCACAACCUCGGGGGAUACCGGCAGCAGAGUACUCAGCUUCGAGUUCCGCUUCAUCCACUACUUCGCGCUGUACCUGUGCGAGCUGGUCCUCGACAGAACCGAGCUCGCCCCCUCGCUGGACAUGCUGCCGCACCACCAGACGCGCAUCGACGACCCGGGCCCGACGGAGCUGUGGCAGCUGUGGUACCGCAUCCAACGCCUCCACCCCGAGCGCGGCGCGGCGUGCUCCGCGAUGCAGCACCUCGUCAGCAUCAUGUCGUUCGGGUGCACCUUCAAGGGCGACCUCAUGUCCAUCGCGCUCAACACGUCGAGCAUCCCGCUCGUCUUCCGGGGCAGCGCGGAGUGUGUCGAGGACGUCAUCUGGAUGUUCGCCCUGCUGGUCAUUGCGGCGGGGGACGUGGUACCGCUCAUUGCCAACGGGGGUAAGCUGCGGUUUCCCCCGUCGACGACCCUCGGCUCGGCGGCCGACGAGCCUGGCGGUCCCGUGAAAGACGGUGACACAGCACAGCUGGUAUCCUGGGCGCCGCGCCCAAUGCAGGGCGUGCUCGACGACACGAUCCCGCUCAGGGACAAGAGCUACAUCACGGCCGUCACGCGGGACUACAUCGAGCUGGACCUGCUCGUCUUCACCGCCCUGCCCGCCAUGGCCACGCAGGCGAGCCAGGACAAGGCCGACGCCCUGAUCGCCAAGUUCCAUCUCGAUGCCAUGGCCGAGACGUUUGCUGCGGCCGCCAACGCCGAGACGCAGAGGCAAUCGGAGAUCAUGGCGGCUGUGUUCGACCGGAUCAAAGAUGGGCAGCCGGGCUCCUUGCACGUCUUUGUCAAGGUCUGGCUCGCGCACGGGAUCGACUGCGGGACGCAGUGGAUGCUAAGGUUUCCCGAGAUCAUGAGGCAGGACACGCAGGACUGGACGUAUGGUGUGCCCAGGGAGGUAGAGGAUGAGACGUUGUUGUCGGCGGCAAGGGAGCUUCUGAGCCUGGUCUCCGGCGCCAACGCAACACCUCAUUCACAAGGAGACGAACUCAAAGCAGCACAGGAAGCACCGCGGUCAGAUCUCGGCACCGCGCAAGACGACGAGACGAUGAUCCGCCGCAUGGCCCUGUACCUCCGCAUGAUCCUCGACCCGCGCCUCAAGUUCUACGCCACCGCGCCGCGCCGUCUCCCCCUCGGCGGAGACGACCACGCCAUCACAUUCUCCUCCAGCAACCGGUCGUACAUCGCCGUCCCGCUCGCCCUCGUCCCCCUCCCGUCGUGGCAGAAGCGCGCCUGGGUCCUCGAGCCGUACGACCCGUCCACCGACCCACCUGAAUCAUUUGCGGAUUUCCUACCUAAUCCCGCCCGCACGUGCAUCGAGCCUGGCGAGGUGCUGGACGAUGUGUAUCCCGUCCUAUCGUCUGACUAUGCGGAUCGGCGGAGGCCGCGGGAUGACAAGGUAGGGGCGUGGAGGUUGAGGCGGCGGGAGCAGAUCUUUGGGUUUAGGGGCUGGGAUGAGGCGGCGCUUCAGGGGAUGAUGGCGCGGAGUUCCAAGGAUGGGGACGGGGAGGGAUAUGUCGUGUACAUGAAGAAGCAAAGAGUGUACGGCGCGGAAGACUAUGACUGGGGCGCGAUACUCGAGGUCGCGAAGAGGAUCGAGGGAACGGGGGCUGCUGAGACGACUGAGGGAAAGGCUCCGAGCACACCCCAAGAAAUCACUGGAGAGGCGAUUCAAGGAGCAAAUCAGGUCUCUUGAACACUAGCGAGACCGACCAAGCCUACGAGCAUGCGCUGAGGAUUAUGAUCAAAGAGUCUUGGCUCCUGCUUGACGGGGAUAAUGGACGACAGACGGCACGCUGCACGCUGCAGAUUUGUGCAGCAAGCGAGGGUAGAUCGGGUUUCUUGAGGCGGUCACAGGCUACUAGCAAAAAUACACACUCCAAUCAUACUCUG